GGCGUGGCCUUCUCGGCGCUCAGGUGGUGCCUCGAGCGGCCUCCUCAGAAGUCCUUUGAAGCGCGUUGGUGGAUGGAAGGAUGCUAGGCUGGAGUCGUCUAAUCUUCAUCUUGCUGAGCGGGACCGUCACCUGCUUGGUUGCGCAGCAGGUGCCACCGUGGACCGAAGACUGCAGAAAAUCAACCUAUCCUCCUUCUGGGCCCACUUACAGGGGUCCAGUUCCGUGGUUCACCAUAAAUCUCAAUUUACCACCGUACAAAAGAUGGCAUGAAUUGAUGGUGGUCAAAGCACCAGCGCUGAAAGUUAUAGUGAAUUCCAUGAAGAAUAUAAUAAAUGCAUUUGUGCCAAGUGGAAAAAUUGUACAGUUAGUGGAUCAAAAGUUGCCUGGUCUGCUUGGCAACUUGCCUGGCCCUUUCGAGGAGGAAUUGAAGGGAAUUGCAGCUGUUACUGAAAUCCCUUUAGGAGAGAUUAUUUUAUUCAAUAUUUUCUAUGAAUUUUUUACCAUUUGUACUUCAAUAAUAACAGAAGACAAAGAAGGUCAUCUACUACAUGGGCGAAACAUGGAUUUUGGAUUAUUUCUUGGGUGGAAUAUAAAUAAUGAUACUUGGGUCGUAACUGAGGAACUAAAACCUUUAACAGUGAAUUUGGACUUCCAAAGGAACAAUAAAACUCUCUUCAAGGCAACAACCUUUGCUGGCUAUGUGGGCAUGUUAACAGGAUUCAAACCAGGACUGUUUAGUGUUACACUCAAUGAACGCUUCAGUAUGGAUGGUGGUUUUAUGGGUGUCAUAGAAUGGAUUUUGGGAAAGAAAGAUGCCCAGUGGAUAGGGUUUAUCAUUAGAUCAGUUCUAGAAAAUAGCACAAGUUAUGAAGAAACCAAGAAUAUAUUGACCAAAACCAAGAUAUUGGCCCCAGCAUACUUUAUCCUGGGAGGCAACCAGUCUGGGGAGGGUUGUGUGAUUACACGAGACAGAACACAGUCUCUGGAUGUAUAUGAACUCGACCCCAAGCAGGGUAGAUGGUAUGUGGUACAAACAAAUUAUGACCGAUGGAAAAAUCCCUUCUUCCUUGAUGAUCGCAGAACACCUGCAAAGAUGUGUCUGAACCAGACAACCCAAGAGAAUAUCUCAUUUGCAACCAUGUAUGAUGUCUUGUCAACAAAACCUGUCCUCAACAAGCUGACGGUAUACACAGUCUUGAUAGAUGUUACCAAAGGUCAGUUUGAGACGUACCUGCGGGACUGCCCAGACCCCUGCAUCGGGUGGUGAGCACACACCUGGCCUACAGGACGCGCCUUCUGUGACGUCGGGACGGGUGCUCAUGUGGGGCUGAGCGGAGCGGCCGUCCGAUCUCCUUCCAGAGUCGGGGCAGUUUCUCUUUGAGGCGUGAGCUUGUCCUGCUGAGUAUGUUUAUAGUUCACAGGCUGUUUUUGCCAUAAUGUAGGUGAUUGCUAUGUAACAGAUAACUUCUUUCAAUGAAGUACAGCAGUCAUCUAGAAUUUACCGUGAUUCACUUUGGUCUGACCUUUGGGGGCGGGGAUAGGCAACUAAAACUGUGGUGGGACCCUCCUCCAUGGAAUAAAGCCAAGAUUCCCUGUGAGCACUGAGUCCUGUACCUCCAUGUGAGUAAGUCAAAUAGCCCCCGUUACUCAGUUUUUCACUUUUAUCUACGUAUUUGUUGUAUGUUUUUGUCUUUUCCUUCUGGCUCUAACUACUAUUAAAGUCAAUACACCAUUGUC